AAGGACUAACUUUCAAAUUUCUCAGAGGGUUUGGUAUGUUAAAUUUAAAAUGAAAAUAAUUGUAUUAUAUGAGAAAUUAGGAGAUGUUGUGGUUCAGCACUUCUGAAAAUCAGGCUGCUUAUUUACAUAUUUAACAAUGGACUUAAGAACUUCACUCCAGGUAUACAAGUUUUUUAAAAAUGUUGGUCUUGGUCCCUCCCUCCACUUUGUAAGAGUAUACUUGGUUGUAAUUUUGGGCUUUCACCCAUCGAUUCAAGACUUAACUGAAUUUUCAUCCUAAGUGAUGAGAUUUUUAAAGGGUUCUUCGAGUGCUUUUUUCAUUUGGAAGCCAUCCGCAUCUUGGGACUUAAAAUGGGGCUUACAAAGGUAAUGGAAUCACCAUUUGAGUGAUUCUUUGAAUUUUCACUUCACAAUCUUUUUCUGAAGAUUUGUUUCUGGUAACCGUUACAUUAACCUACAGUGUCUUGGAGACACUAAUGGCUGAUUCAAUCUAUAUAAUGUUCCAUAAGGAUAAGGUGGUCCUUCAUCCGGGUCCUACGGUCUUAUAAAAAUGGUCUCUUAUUUACACGUAAAUCAGUUCAUCAGUUUACCUAUACUUUGGUCCCCAAGCCUUGCUCAUAGCUAGAGGAGACUUAAGUUGAUGGUGUACCUCUAGUGCUUUGAUUUACUCUUCACAGGAAGCUUGGUCUUUGUAAUUAGGCAAGCUGAAACUUUUGCCCAGUGAUAAACAUUUUCUUAUAAUUAUUUAGUCUUGGGCUUCUAGUGUUAACAUACAGCUAAUGCUAAAUCUUAUGAAACAUGCAAAUCCAAGCGUUAGAGUGUCUUGGUUUACUUUUUGUGUGUGGGUGUCUGACUUAACGUGUACUUGCAGUGGUGCUUCUUGUCAAACUGUUCUAAUUAACUAGUAUACAAAACAUAGAUUAUAGUUCAUUAAUAUGAUCAUGUCUCCCUUUCUUUGAAUCCCUUGUUUCCCACUCCUUCACCACAUAAGUGUCUAGUUUCUUCUUUACAUUCAAGAUCCUGACUAAUGCCAAUUUCUAAUGCUUAACUGUCCUUGUCUUUUUCAUAUUGCCACAGUCCUUUCCACUUCACCAGUAAUAUUAUUUUCCACCUCUAUCUUUUUCUCCCACCCUGCUCAACUCCAUGUGGAACCCCUCUUGGAGCUGAUAUGUAAAGCACUGCCCUCUCCAUAUUCAUAUUCCUACCAUGAUGCUGUCAAGCAAUUAAUUAACUAAUGAUGAGGUGGAAGGGUAACUGGGGACAGCAAAACACCAUUGACCACUUAGAGUAGGAGAAAAAGGUACAAACAACUUCUCUCUUGUUGCCUGAAGGGUCUUGGGGAAAGACAGUGCCUUUCUUUGUUUGUACAGCACCUAGCACAUUGUUGGAGCUACAGGAAAAAUAGUAGGAGUAGAUGGCUGAAUAGUGGGCAAUGGCAAUUGGUGGCUUUCACCUCUUCAGAUCUAGCUCAGGGUAGUAGUGACUGAGCCAUUACCAUCUUGAAGGCUGGCUGGUUGACUACAUGAAAGAGUUUGGUGCAUCUUGUCCUUGGGGAAAUGGAACAGGUGUCCUCAUUGCAUAAACCACCAUCACAAAGUUUGGUCUCUGCAGAAAGCACUCUGAUACAGGGGAGGAGGUGCUGAGGAUGUGCGUGGCAGUGCGGAAGAAGCUACAGCUGUAUUUCUGGAAGGACAGGGAGUUCUAUGAGCUACAGGGGGACUUCAGUGUGCCGGAUGUGCCCAAGUCUAUGGCAUGGUGUGAAAAUUCUAUCUGUGUAGGUUUCAAGAGAGACUAUUAUCUGAUAAGGGUGGAUGGAAAAGGGUCCAUCAAAGAACUGUUCCCCACAGGGAAGCAGCUUGAACCAUUGGUGGCUCCCUUAGCAGAUGGAAAAGUUGCAGUUGGUCAAGAUGAUCUAACAGUAGUACUUAACGAAGAAGGGAUUUGUACUCAGAAAGGUGCCUUGAAUUGGACAGACAUUCCCAUAGCUAUGGAACAUCAGCCUCCAUACAUCAUUGCGGUGCUACCAAGGUAUGUGGAGAUUCGCACUUUUGAACCCCGGCUGCUGGUGCAGAGUAUUGAGCUGCAAAGACCACGCUUCAUCACCUCCGGAGGUACGAAUAUUGUGUAUGUGGCCAGCAAUCAUUUUGUUUGGCGUCUCCUUCCAGUCUCCAUAGCAACCCAGAUCCAGCAGCUUCUCCAAGACAAGCAGUUUGAAUUGGCUCUGCAGUUGGCGGAAAUGAAAGAUGAUUCAGAUAGUGAAAAGCAACAACAGAUUCAUCACAUUAAGAACCUUUAUGCCUUUAACCUCUUCUGCCAGAAGCGCUUCGAUGAAUCCAUGCAGGUUUUUGCCAAGCUUGGUACAGAUCCCACUCAUGUGAUGGGUCUGUAUCCUGACUUGCUGCCCACUGAUUACAGGAAACAGUUGCAGUAUCCUAAUCCUCUGCCUGUGCUCUCUGGGGCUGAGCUGGAGAAAGCACACUUAGCACUCAUAGACUAUCUAACUCAGAAAAGAAGUCAGCUGGUAAAGAAGUUAAAUGACUCAGACCACCAGUCCAGCACCUCACCCCUCAUGGAAGGAACACCCACCAUCAAAUCCAAAAAGAAGUUGCUCCAAAUCAUUGACACCACCUUGCUCAAGUGUUACCUACAUACAAAUGUAGCUCUGGUAGCACCGUUGCUACGUCUGGAGAACAAUCACUGCCACAUAGAAGAGAGUGAGCAUGUACUGAAGAAGGCACACAAGUACAGUGAGCUGAUAAUACUGUAUGAGAAGAAAGGGCUGCAUGAAAAAGCUCUGCAGGUGCUAGUGGAUCAAUCAAAGAAAGCCAACUCGCCUUUGAAGGGCCAUGAAAGGACAGUGCAGUAUCUACAGCAUUUGGGCACAGAAAACUUGCACUUGGUGUUCCUCUAUUCCACGUGGGUGCUCAGAGACUUUCCUGAUGAUGGUUUGAAGAUAUUUACAGAAGACCUUCCUGAAGUAGAAUCCUUGCCACGAGACAAAGUACUCAACUUCUUGAUAGAAAGCUUUAAAAGCCUGGCCAUCCCUUAUCUGGAACACAUCAUCCAUGUUUGGGAGGAGACGGGCUCAGAAUUCCACAAUUGUCUGAUCCAGCUGUACUGUGAGAAGGUGCAGGGAUUAAUGAAGGAAUAUCUCAGCUCCUUCCCUGCAGAUAAAAUUCCAGUGCCUGCUGGAGAGGAGGAAGGAGACCUGGGGGAGUAUCGGAGAAAGCUGCUCUGUUUUCUUGAGAUUUCUAGCUGCUAUGAACCUAGUCGUCUCAUCAGUGAUUUCCCCUUUGAUGGCCUCCUAGAAGAACGUGCCCUGCUGUUGGGUCGUAUGGGGAAGCAUGAACAAGCCCUCAUUAUUUAUGUCCACAUUCUGAAGGAUACCAAAAUGGCUGAAAUGUACUGCCAUAAACACUAUGACAGAAGCAAAGAUGGCAACAAAGAUGUGUAUCUGUCUCUGCUCCGGAUGUAUCUAUCCCCACCUAGUGUUCAUUGCCUGGGGCCAAUCAAGAUGGAACUGUUGGAGCCUCAAGCCAAUCUCCAGGCUGCCCUGCAGGUUUUAGAAUUGCACCACAGCAAAUUAGAUACUACCAAGGCUAUAAACCUGCUCCCAGCAAAUACUCAAAUUAGUGAGAUUCGAAUCUUCCUAGAAAAAGUCCUUGAAGAAAAUGCCCAGAAGAAGCGAUUCAACCAAGUACUCAAAAAUCUUCUCCAUGCAGAAUUCCUGAGGGUUCAGGAGGAGAGGAUUUUGCAUCAGCAGGUGAAGUGUAUCAUCACAGAGGAAAAAGUGUGCACUGUGUGUAAAAAGAAGAUAGGAAACAGUGCAUUUGCCCGAUACCCUAAUGCAGUAGUUGUGCACUACUUCUGCUCCAAAGAAGUCAGUACGGCAGACACCUGAAACAUGUUGCCAUACAGUAGAUGGACUGCAUUAGCCACAACACUCGCAUGAAAUACAGAAGUGAAGACUUGUUUGGGAAAAUUGAUGCUCUGGAGUUUUGAGGCAUGUUGCUAGGAACAUCUUACAAAUAGCUUGUACCCAGCGUCUCUCUGGAAUGACUCUACCUACAACUUGGCAGUACUGACUUAUUCGAAAAUUGACUUUUUAGCUGUUAAAUUGCUGGCAACUAUAUAUACCUCUUAACACACCAAGAUGAGGAAGAAUGGAAAAUUGAUCAGCAAUGAGCUUGUAUUGCACUCCAAACCUUGCAGCCUAGUUUCUGAACACUUCUAUGGUGUUUACCAAUGAGGGCAUGUUUUAAAGU